UGGAUCUUACUACAUGUCAGCAUGUCUGAAAACUUACCUUGAGGAAGAAAAUAUGGAAAUUCACAAACACUAUCAAUUGAUGGGUCCAUGAUUUUGUCUUCUGCUGUUAAAAUAUUCUCUGGAAUUAAUAAUCUAAGGUAGCUGACAGAAUUUAUUCUCAAAGACAAGAAACAUGCACUGUGCUAUCCUAAAGGCAGAACCGGUGGAUGGGGCUCAUUUGCUGCAGAUCCUCUGGCAGGAUGGGACAGAGUCCUUCUACCCGGCGGUGUGGCUGAGAGACAACUGCCAGUGUUCUGACUGCUACCUGGAUUCUGCAAAAGCUCGAAAGCUUCUCCUGGAAGCUCUUGAUGUGAACAUUAGUAUUAAAGAGUUAUUGUUUGACCGAAAAAAGGUUUAUAUCACAUGGCCCAGUGAGCAUUACAGUGAAUUUGAAGCUAAUUGGCUGAAGAAAAGAUGCUUCUCCCAACAGGCCAGAGCAAGAUUCCAGGGAGAAUUGUUUUUGCCAGAAUGUCAGUACUGGGGCUCAGAAUUCCAACUACCCACUCUGAAUUUUGAAGAUGUUUUAAAAGAUGAUGAGCAUGCAUACAAAUGGCUCUCCAGCCUCAAGAAAGUAGGCAUUGUGCGACUCACUGGAGCAGCUGAGAAGCAAGGAGAAGUCACAAAACUUGGGAAAAGGAUUGGUUUCCUGUAUCUCACAUUUUAUGGACACACUUGGCAAGUGCAGGACAAGAUUGAUGCCAACAAUGUGGCUUAUACAACUGGGAAGCUCAGUUUCCACACUGACUACCCAGCCCUCCACCAUCCACCUGGGGUUCAGCUUCUGCACUGCAUAAAGCAAACAGUCACAGGAGGUGACUCAGAGAUCGUAGAUGGGUUUAAUGUGUGCCAGAAGCUCAAGGAGAAGAAUCCUCAGGCAUUCCAGAUUCUGACCUCCACCUUUGUUGACUUCACAGACAUUGGAGUGGAUUACUGUGACUUCUCUGUGCAAUCUAAACACAAAAUUAUAGAGUUGGACGAUAAAGGCCAGGUGAUUCGCAUCAACUUCAACAAUGCAACCAGAGACACGGUGUUUGAUGUUCCUAUUGAAAAAGUUCAGCCUUUUUAUGCUGCUCUGAAAGAGUUUGUUGACCUCAUGAACAGCAAAGAAUACAAAUAUACCUUCAAGAUGAAUCCAGGUGAUGUGAUUACUUUUGACAACUGGCGCUUGCUUCAUGGCAGACGUAGUUACGAGGCAGGAACUGAAAUAUCCCGCCAUCUGGAAGGAGCUUAUGCUGAUUGGGACGUUGUGAUGUCAAGGCUUCGCAUCCUAAGGCAGAAGGUCAAGAAUGGGAACUGAAUCUCAUGUCCUUAAAUUUUAGUAAAGGUCCAAUGACUGUAUUUUGUAAGCUAUAGCCUGGUUAACCACAGAUAGUUAUUAACACCAUUUACAUAUUAACUUCUUUAAAACUGAACAUGCAACUUCUCUCCCACGAGUAUUCCUUCUUAGAAGAGCAUUCAGUGUCAGCUUCUUAAGUGUCAUAGCCGUGCGCCCUCUUGAAAUGAGCUUCUCUUCUGUGGCAUGUAUAUUCUCAUUUCCUUUGCUCUCACAUGUGUGACCAGAAUGACUAUAAAUAGUUUAGUAUCAAAUAAAUCUUGUGUUUCAAAUAAAAGCUCUUUAAGCGUG